AUGUCCAAGAUACUUUCGCAAAAGAUUAAGAUUGCCCUAAUUCAAUUAAGUGGUUCGUCACCAAACAAGAAAGCUAAUCUUGAAAGAGCCGCUACAUUUAUUGACAAAGCACUUGUUGAACAACCAGAGACCAAAAUUAUCGUCUUACCGGAAUGUUUCAAUUCUCCUUACUCAGUUGAUAAAUUUAGAGAAUAUGCAGAAAUAAUUUCACCUGAAUCUGAAUCUGUUUCCUUCUUAUCAAAAUUAGCUGCGAAAUAUAAGAUAACUUUAUUUGGUGGUUCAAUCCCUGGAAUUGAUCCUAAGACUGAUAAAGUAUACAAUACCGCAUUAAUCUUCAAUGAAACUGGUGAAUUAAUUGGUACACAUCGUAAAGUUCAUUUAUUUGAUGUUGACAUACCAAAUGGUAUUACUUUCAAAGAAAGUAUUACUUUAUCUCCAGGUGAAAAGGAAACUACAGUGUCUACACCAUAUGGACAUGUUGGUGUUGGGAUUUGUUAUGAUAUGAGAUUUCCUGAACUAGCAAUGAUUAGUGCAAGAAAAUAUAAUUCAUUCGCUAUGAUAUAUCCAAGUGCCUUCAAUACAGUUACAGGUCCUGUGCAUUGGCAUCUAUUGGCUCGUGCUAGAUCUGUUGAUAACCAAAUAUAUACAAUUCUUUGCUCUCCAGCAAGAAAUACAGAGAGUAACUAUCAUGCUUACGGUCAUUCUUUGGUUGCUGAUCCAAAGGGUAAUAUUAUUGCCGAAGCUGGCAUCGAUGAAGAGAUUGUUUAUGCUGAACUAAAUCCAGAAGCUAUUGAUGAUUUUAGAAUGUCAGUUCCUUUGUAUAAACAAAGAAGAUUCGAUGUCUAUCCUGAUGUCAGUAAAUAG